AGUAAAAAUUAUUCUCAUAACUAAAACAUAUCUGGCCGCUGGUAGCCAAAUACCAGCGCAUAUGUUUUUGAACACACGCGUUUUAUUCGGAUUUUCUGACCUGAGGGUGACGAAUCGUCAUGGGCAAAAGCUGUAAAGUGGUGGUGUGUGGCCAGGCUGCAGUUGGUAAAACGGCUGUCUUGGAACAACUACUGUAUGCCAACCAUGUUGCAGGUUCAGAGCCCAUGGAGACCCUGGAGGAUAUCUACAUCGGCUCCAUAGAAACUGACCGUGGCACACGAGAGCAGGUGCGCUUCUAUGACACCCGCGGACUCCGGGAUGGGAUGGAGUUUCCUCGACAUUACUACACUUUUGCGGACGGCUUUGUGCUUGUUUACAGCAUUGAUAGUAAAGAGUCCUUUAAGCGGAUGGAGGCCCUCAAGAAGGAUAUUGACCGUCACAGAGACAAGAAAGAGGUAACCAUUGUUGUGCUGGGUAACAAGCUGGACAAGCAGCAAGAGAGGAGAGUUGACUCUAACAUGGCCCUGAACUGGGCUAAGAACGAGAAGGUGCGUCUGUGGGAGGUGUCGGUGGUGGACCGUCGCACGCUCAUUGAACCCUUCGUCUACCUGGCCAGCAAAAUGACCCAGCCGCAGAGCAAGUCCACUUUCCCUCUCAGUCGCAAUAAGAAUAAGGGGGGUGGUUCUACAGACAGCUGAGUGACGAGACGCCGACGUGAAGUUCAACGGGGAGGAAAAAGGGAGAAGGGGUGUGUGAAAGGGAACUUAGUUUUGCUUUGUUUUUUUAAAUCAAUUUUGGUUUAUUGAAGGAUUGAAUAGGUGAAAGUUAGUUUUGAGAGUGUGGGCCAGUGGUAAUGAGAGAAAAGGCAGAAUGAUUGUAUUUAUAUACAGAGAGCACUGUUGGUAUUGCAUUCAUAUUGAGGUUUUGAUGAAAUACUUACUGGAUAUUUAAUUUGGACUGAAAAAAAAUGCUGAUCUUUAAAUGUUCUUUUUGCCAUAUCAAUCGAAGAAAUUUAACGAAUCCAAGAUGUUUUUCUUUGUCAUUCCAGUUAUAUUUGGUUGGAUUAUGGUCAAACUAUUCAUCCAGAUUCUUUAUGAUGAAUCUUCACAGUAAUAUUGGUCACUCUGCUGAUUCAUAAUCUGACAAUCAACAUUCGAAUUUAGUUUAAACUUUCAGAAUUUUACAAUAUCAGACACUCACGGUGCUCGAUGCGUAGAUAAAUAAGGAACUAGCACACAUGUCCACAGGCUACUGAUUUAUUUACAUGGACACCACAUGUAGACACAGACUGAAUCACAAAUGGCAGCAGUUACAAAUGUUACCUAGUUAUUGCAUCACUCAAAAGCUGAAUAUUAUGUGUUGUCUGUGUAAAAGGUGGGUGAAGGGAUUUUAUUAUUACAUUAGCGAUGAUGUACAGUAAACGUGCUGUUUUAUUGAUGUGGAGAUUUGUUACACUACAUAUCUUCUUUGCUGAGAUUCACUGUUUGAUGUUAUAGAGUGAAUGAUUGACAUUCCUUACCGCAAAUGGCCUUCUGUACAGGUUUUAGGAGUUCAAAUAUAACCGAAAGACGUUGACGUGAACGGUGGUUUCUGCAGGCUCAGGUGCUACUUUUUUUUUUUUUUCUGUUGCUACACAUAAAAGACCUACAGCACAA